GCACCAGGGUUUGGCUUUGGGAUAGCCAUCUCGGGAGGUCGGGAUAACCCUCAUUUUCAGAGUGGUGAGACCUCCAUCGUCAUCUCAGACGUCCUGAAGGGAGGUCCAGCCGAGGGCCUACUGCAGUAAGAUCCUCUUCUCUUCUCUUGGGAUGAAUUACACACAUGGGCUUGGAGAAAAUGUAACCUCUCUCAAAUUCAUAGAUGAUGCUAUGGAUGGUGCAAAAUUAUAGUAUUAAAUAAACACUUUUUUUUUUUUAACAUUUGGUUGUUUACAAAGACAUUGUUUACAUUGUUUUACAAGUUGCUUUCUCCUCCUUGCCUUCCCAGGGAGAAUGACAGAGUCACGAUGGUCAACGCUGUCUCCAUGGACAACGUGGAGCAUGCAUACGCAGUCCAGCAGCUACGGAAAAGUGGCAAGAAUGCAAAAAUUGUGAGUAUCAUUUUGAGGAACCUAAGAUUUAAAAAGUUCUAUGUUAAAGCCAGACUCAGUAAGUCAAAAAUAAAAACAUCGCCAUUUUUUGUUUGUUUAAUAUAUCUCGAAAUUGAUCAAUGAAAGCUUAAUUUGCCAUUUGUGUCACUUCAAAGUGAUACAAAUUACGUUUUAACAAGUUAUCCUUAAUUGUGUUUUAUGGAAUUCUCCAGGUAAUUAUGAUGCAUAGCCUAUGUUAUUGAUCAUUUUCUCACGCACGUUCUAGGCCUAUCUGUUCCUCUGAUCCAUCCACGACUACAGCAACACAUCAACAAUACAAAUAGGCUGAUCUAUAUCGCUCUUAUUUGAAAAAAAGACUCAGAAAUGAGAGUUGAGUGAUAUGGAAUAAAAGUGUAAUUUAGCUGACAAAUCCUUGUGGUAACGGUUCAUAUAUUGGCUCCUGGCUGUUUGUCUGUCUGUGCUACAGCUGUGAUGCACAGCAGUGCAGAUUUGAAAUCACCGGCGGGAAUGUCACAAAGUUUCUUUGAGUUUUCUGUUGCUAGCAUGAGUUUUGGAAUGAAAAUGGAAAUUGUGUGGUGAUUUUUCAUUCAGCAAGGGAUUGGGAAUAUUUCCAAUUUGCUAAGACUCGUCACUCACAGCUAUUCUAGUGAUAGUGCCCACAUGCUGCUGUGGACAGUGCCAAUGUCUGAUCAUCAACGAAAGCCAGCUAGCUGUCUACUGCUGGUAAGUGAAGCUAGUUAGCGAGCUAGCUAGAAAACAGCCAAUAGAGCCCACACGCGCAUUGCUAAAUGUUCAUACCGGUGGUGUAGACCUACUACACAGCCAAAUAAACUGUUCAUGCACUUACUCUGAAACUUUGCUGGAGUUGUUAGCAGGCUAAUUGUUUUCAUCUUGGAUGUUGAGUUUACUAUCCUUUUGAUGGCCUACUUAUUUUAUAAUUUAACCCUAUAGGCUAUUUCUAAGGGUUGACUUUUCCAGACAAGUGUUUGCGCUGCAGGAGAAGCAGAUUAUGACGCUAUCGUUGUUACUGCAUUAUAUUGUUGUCUAUGAAAAAAUUAGAAUUACAUUUUACUGCUCUAAUGUUCAUUGCUGACUUGUAAAUUGUUCUUUUUAUAAUACAGUAGCAUAUGCUUGUUGUAACUAGAAUACUGGCGAGCUAGCUAGCUAAUUUAGAAAAUGUAGCUGUCUGACACUGAUCAAAGGAAGGUGGCCCAGCGUCGCGGCCGCUUCAGAACUAUCAGGAAGAGGACGUUAUGACGUCUUGCCUGGGUUUGUUUACAUUACGUAUUGUCUGGGUUUGUUUACAUUACGUAUUGUCUGGGUUUGUUUACAUUAGGUCUUGUCUGGGUUUGUUUACAUUAGGUCUUGCCUGGGUUUCUUUACAUUAUGUCUUGUCUGGGUUUCUUUACAUUAUGUCUUGUCUGGGUUUCUUUACAUUAUGUCUUGCCUGGGUUUGUUUACAUUAGGUCUUGCCCGGGUUUGUUUACAUUAGGUCUUGUCUGGGUUUGUUUACAUUAUGUCUUGUCUGGGUUUGUUUACAUUAUGUCUUGUCUGGGUUUGUUUACAUUAGGUCUUGCCCGGGUUUGUUUACAUUAGGUCUUGUCUGGGUUUGUUUACAUUAUGUCUUGUCUGGGUUUGUUUACAUUGGGUCUUGCCUGGGGGUUUGUUUUACAUUUAGGUCUGGCCUGGGUUUUGUUUUACAUUAGGUCUUGCCGCCCGGGUUUGGUUUUAACAUUAGGGUCUUGCCUGGGUUUGGUUUACAUUAGGUCUUGGUCUGGGGUUUGUUACAUUAUGUCUUGUCUGGGUUUGUUUACAUUGGGUCUUGCCUGGGUUUGUUUACAUUAGGUCUUGCCUGGGUUUGUUUACAUUAGGUCUUGCCCGGGUUUGUUUACAUUAGGUCUUGCCCGGGUUUGUUUACAUUAGGUCUUGCCUGGGUUUGUUUACAUUAGGUCUUGCCCGGGUUUGUUUACAUUAGGUCUUGCCUGGGUUUGUUUUGUCGCCCCAACAAAACAAGGUGUAAAAUAUAAACAAAAUGACACAACUGACUGACUGAUAGAAUCCAGCUGUUACUAAAGUAAAUUGGGCAGUUCCUUCAUCUUAAUACCUGGAGCAUAGCACGCUUGGGACUAACCUGUCAUCUGCUAAAACCUGGGGGUUAUAUCUUAGCACUUCCAGUGGGCAUGGAAUGCCCCAGAGAGAGAACUGGGAGUUUGGGUUGUAAUGUCGUGACAGGGGGCUUACCACAGAAUAAAUUACAACAAUUAUUAUGUAUUAGAUUUUGUCUCUAUGGGGCUAAUGUCUUGUCACGAGAGGGAGGGAGGGAGGGACAGAGUUAGAGAUUACAAGGAAGAAAUGGGGGAAAGAAAUUGGGGUGUAAUCUAGUGACAUUGGGCUAAAGUUGUCUUCUUCUUCCUCUUCAGACGAUCAGACGGAAGCGGAAGGUGCAUGUGCCCAUGGGUCGGCUGGGGGAGAGGGAGACCAUGUCGGAGCAUGAUGAGGAGGAUGAUGAGGAGGACAGCUACGACGAGGAGAUAUACGAGACGCGUUCCGUACGCAGCGGCCCCAGUGCCUACAGCGGCGUGGGAGGGGCCUCGGCCCGGCGCAGCGGGAGGAGCACCGGAAGGCGGGACCGGGACAGAGAACGUGACCGCAGCGGCUCACGGGAGAGGAGUCUCUCCCCGCGCUCCGACCGGCGCUCGCUCAACCAGCCCCCGCGGCCCGCCAAAGUCACCCUCGUCAAGUCCCGAAAGAAUGAAGGUGAGCAUCACAAAGUUGGGAUAUAUGUUGUCUAGUCGGGGUUAAGGUUACGGGUUAGUUUGGAUAUGUGUUGUCUAGUCGGGGUUAAGGUUACGGGUUAGUUGGAUAUGUGUUGUCUAGUCGGGGUUAAGGUUACGGGUUAGUUUGGAUAUGUGUUGUCUAGUCGGGGUUAAGGUUACGGGUUAGUUUGGAUAUGUGUUGUCUAGUCUGGGUUAGAGUUACGGGUUAGUUCGGAUAUAUUUUGUCUAGUCGGGGUUACUGUUAGUUUGGAUAUACACUGAAAAAAAAUAUAAACUCAACAUGCAACAAUUUCAAAGAUUUUUAUGAGUUACAGUUCAUAUAAGGAAAUCAGUCAAUUGAAAUAAAUAAAUUAGGUCCUAAUAUCUAUGGAUUUCACAUGACUGGGAAUACAGAUAUGCAUCUGUUGGUCACAGAUACCUUCAACAAAAAGGUAGGGGCGUGGAUCAGAAAACCAGUCAGUAUCUGGUGUGACCACCAUUUGCUUCAUGCAGCGCGACACAUCUCCUUCUCAUAGAGUUGAUCAGGCUGUAGAUUGUGGCCUGUGGAAUGUUGUCCCACUCCUCUUCAAUGGCUGUGUGAAGUUACUGGAUAUUGGUGGGAACUGGAACAUGCUGUCCUACACGUCGAUCCAGAGCAUCCCAAACAUGCUCAAUGGGUGACAUGUCUGGUGAGUACGCAGGCCUUGGAAGAACUGGGACUUUUUCAGAUCCUUGCGAUAUUGGGCUGUCCGUUAUCAUGCUGAAACAUGAGGUGAUGGCGGGUGGAUGAAUGGCACGACAAUGGGCCUCAGGAUCUCGUCAAGGUAUCUCUGUGCAUUCAAAUUGCCAUCGAUAAAAUGCAAUUGUGUUCGUUGUCCGUAGCUUAUGCCUGCCCAUACCAUAACCUCACCGCCACCAUGGGGCACUCUGUUCACAACAUUGACAUCAGCAAACCGCUCGCCCACACAAUGCCAUACACACUGUCUGCCAUCUGCCCGGUACAGUUGAAACCGGGAUUUAUAAGUGAAGAGCACACUUCUCCAACAUGCCAGUGGCCAUCGUUGGUGAGCAUUUGCCCACUGAAGUCGGUUACGGCGCCGAACUGCAGUCAGGUCAAAACCCUGGUGAGGACGACGAGCACGCAGAUGAGCUUCCUUGAGAUGAUUUCUGACAGUUUGUGCAGAAAUUCUUCAGUUGUGCAAACCCACAGUUUCAUCAGCUGUCCGGGUGGCUGGUCUCAGACGAUAAAGAAGCUGGAUGUGGUCCUGGGCUGGCGUGGUUACAUGUGGUUUGUGGUUGUGAGGCCGGUUGGACAUUCUGGCAAAUUCUCUAAAACGACGUUGGAGGCGGCUUAUGGUAGAGAAAUUAACAUUACAUUCUCUGGCAACCGCUCUGGUGGACAUUCCCGCUCCCUCUAAACAUGAGACAUCAUUGUGCAAAUUUUAGAGUGGAAUUUUGUCCCCAGCACAAGAUGCACCUGUGUAAUGAUCAUGCUGUUUAGUCAGCUUCUUGAUAUGCCACACCUGUCAGGUGAAUGGAUUAUCUUGGCAAACGAGAAAUGCUCACUAACAGGGAUGUAAACAAAUUUGUGGACAAAAUUUGAGAGAAAUAAGCUUUUUGUGCAUAUGGCAAAUUUCUGGGAUCUUUUAUUUCAGCUCAUGAAACAUGGGACCAACAGUUUACAUGUUGCGUUUAUAUAUUUUUUCAAUAUAUGUUGUCUAGUCGGGGUUAGGGUUAGUUGGGAUAUACAGUACCAGGUGUGUUGGGUCAUUGUCCUGUUGAAAAAUAAAUGAUAGUCCCACCAAGCGCAAACCAGAUGGGAUGUCGUAUCGCUGCAGAAUGCUGUGGUAGCAAUGCUGGUUAAGUGUGCCUUGAAUUCUAAAUAAAUCACAGACAGUGUCACCAGCAAAGCACCCCCACCCAAUCACACCUCCUCCUCCAUGCUUCAUGGUGGGAACCACAGAUGCGGAGAUCAUCCGUUCACCCACACCGCGUCUCACAAAGACACGGCGGUCGACCCAAAAAUCUCAAAUUUGGACUCAUCAGACCAAAGGACAGAUUUCCACCGGUCUAAUGUCCAUUGCUGGUGUUUCUUGGCCCAAGCAAGUCUCUUCUUCUUAUUGGUGUCCUUUAGUAGUGGUUUCUUCUGAGGCUGGUAACUCUAAUGAACUCAUCCUCUGCAGCAGAGGUAACUCUGGGUCUUCCUUUCCUGUGGUUGUCCUCAUGAGAGCCAGUUUCAUCAUAGCGCUUGAUGGUUUUUGCGACUGCACUUGAAGAAACGUUCAAAGUUCUUGUCAUUUUCCAUGUUGACUGACCUUCAUGUCUUUUAAAGUAAUGAUGGACUGUCGUUUCUCUUUGCUUAUUUGAGCUGUUCUUGCCAUAAUAUGGACAUGGUCUUAUACCAAAUAGGGCUAUCUUCUGUAUACCCCCCCCUACCUUGUCAAAACACAACUGAUUGGCUCAAAUGCAUUAGGAAGGAAAGAAAUUCCACAAUUUAACUUUUAAGAAGGCACAUCUGUUAAUUGAAAUGCAUUUCAGGUGACUACCUCAUGACGCUGGUUGAGAGAAUGCCAAAAGUGUGCAAAGCUGUCAUCAAGGCAAAGGGUGGCUAUUUGAAGAAUCUCAAAUAUAACAUACAUUUUGAUUUGUUUAACACUUUUUUGGUUACUACAUGAUUCCAUAUGUGUUAUUUCAUAGUUUUGAUGUCUUCACUAUUAUUCUACAAUGUAGAAAAUAGUACAAAUAAAGAAAAAACCUUGAAUGAGUAGGUGUGUCCAAACUUUUGACUGGUACUGUGUACAUGCACAUAAAUUAAUUAAUAAAAGCGAUGUUUAUGUCUUCCAAGAAUAACAUGCUGAUCAGACCGCCCACGUUGCGUGUGCGACCGUUGCAAAAAUAAAUGUACACCUACAUAUUAUUCAAUCAUCUCAUCCAAUCUGCUCGCGCGCGUCUGCGUAGCCAGGCGCCAAAACAGAACUUGGUUCCAUUUUAGACAUUUUGACGCCUCUCCCAUCUACUCAUUGGUUUUUACAAGCAUAUACCCACCCGGGUGAUUGAAAGAUGAACGACGUCCGCACUCCAGUCCAGUGGGUGGCGGUAAUACACCUUUAAGCUUGGUUACCAAGUUACUGCCGUUUUUAAAAUCCACAGAAGAAGAAGAAUAAACAAAGGCGAGAACAAAUCAAAUAAGAUCAAAGAAAAACAAAACCAGGUAUUCAUCUGCGGAUCAAUUGCCGCAGUAGAGAACACAUGAUUCCGUGCGACCCAAAAUGGCCGCAGUAGAGAACACACGAUUCCGUGCGACCCAAAAUGGCCGCAGUAGAAAACACAGGAUUCCGUGCGACCCAAAAUGGCCGCAGUAGAGAACACACGAUUCCGUGCGACCCAAAAUGGCCGCAGUGGAGAACACACAAUUCCGUGCGACCCAAAAUGGGUCAAAACUCCACAAAGAUCCAGCUACAACAAGAAAAGGGACCGUAUUUUACUGCUGGUAAAAUAACAACCCAUGUUCAUCUCCCAGGACAAAUUAGCUAGAAAAAGCAAGCUAGCUAAAUGUGUUUCGACCUGUCCCCAAAUUAAUAUACUUGGUUCACAGUUGGCCUUGGUAUCCCAACCUGCGUGUCAUGAACACAUUCGGUGGGGGUAGACAAAAUCGACAUGCUAAACAAGAUCGAAUAGGCGAGUAACUAAAUCAAAUGAUAAAAUAAUAAAAGUCACUGCAUUCUAAAUAUUUAUUUGACAAUUGUUCUUUCAUGAUAAAUACGUACAUCGCUUUCCUACCCCUCUAUUCCCCUUCCCACCCAAACAAAUUAUCAUAAUUCAUGAAUUCCAAAUGUUACAAAGAGCAACACCCAAAUGCUUGAAUAUGUUUCUAAACACUUCUACAUUCAUGUGGACGCUACCGUGAUUACGGAUAAUACUGAAUGAAUCGUGAAUAAUGCUGAGUGAGAAGUUACGGACACACAAGACAUGCUAACCUCUCACCAUUACAAUAACAGGGGAGGUUAGCAUUUUUGGGUGGUAUGAUAUUUGUGCAUCUGUAACUUUCUGACUCAUCAUUAUUCUCAAUUCAUUCAGUAUUAUCCGUAAUGAUGGUUGCAUCCACAUUAAUGUAGAAGACAUUAUAUUCUUAUUUACAAUAAAAGUGACUCCAAAAUGACACAAUACAUUAUUUACCAUUCAUUUCUAUUGGGCACAAAAUAAUCUGAAACACAACCAAAACAAACAACAGCAAAUGCAUCCAACAAGUUUGUAGAGUCACACGCUUGAUGUAGUCAUUGCGUGCUAGGAAUAUGGGACCAAAUACUUAACUUUUUAGUACUUUAAUACACAUACUGUAUAAGUGAAUUUGUCCCAAUACUUUUGGUCCCCUAAAAUGGGAGGACUAUGUACAGAAAGUGCUGUAAUUUUUAAACUGUUCAUCCGAUAUGGAUGAAAUCACCCUCUAAUUAAAGAUGACAGUCUGCACUUAAACCUCAGUCAUUGUAUAAUUUCAAAUCCAAAGUGCUGGAGUACAGCGCCAAAACAACUCUCAAUAGUGAGCAGAUGGGCUCUGUUUCAGAAUAGCACUUUUUUUGUAGAAUAACUGCUGUUCUACACGUUUCACACGUGAGCACUCGCAAUACACUCAGCAAUAGUUUGUUUCGGGGAAAUAUACUUUCUAUUUAAUUUUUACUAUAAAAUAUAUGUGUGUUGACUGUGAUUUAAAUGGCAGGGGAAUAUAAGCUUACUAUGCACAGUAACGUUAAACUCAAAAUAUGCUAUUCUGUUCUUUUGAAGGAAAAAUAAAUAGUAUCGUAAUGUUUCUUAAGACCUGCCUUAAUUAAAUAAUGGAUUUCUUUGUCAUGGUGUGUAUAUUAAAUUGAUUUAUUAGACUGUUUAAAAUGUAGACGUUCCAAAGGCGCGCAUUGUUGUCUGGUACGUGCCGAGGCCCGGCGAUGCUAGUGAUAACCGCUGCUACCAACUGCUGCCCUCUCAGAGCUCCAUAGCCUCCUACCACCGGCUAGCAGACGUGAGCGAUUGUCAACAUGCUAUACUAUGCUAACAUGUUAUAGCAUGUUAAACUGUGCUAACAUUCUAUAUCAUGCUAUACUAUGCUAUGCUAACACUCUCUUUGUUGCUGUUUCGUUCACUCCGUAAGCAGAAUAUGGCCUUCGCCUGGCCAGCCACAUCUUCGUGAAGGACAUCUCCCCCCAGAGCCUGGGCGGCCAGGGACGGAAACAUACAGGAGGGAGACGUAGUACUGAAGGGUGAAAGCCAAAUGAUUCUUUAACUGAAGAGAGAGAGAGAAGAAGGAGAGAAGAGAGAGAGGAGAGAGAGAGGGGAGGGGAAAAGAGAGAAGGGGGAGAAGAAGAGGAUAAGAUUUGGAGAGGGAUCUGCGAGAGUAGAGAGAGAGAUAUUAUAUAAUCAGACGAGAAAGGGAGAAGAUUUAGUAAAGCGUUCUCUCCCCCUCUCUCUCCUUUUUGCUUUCUCUCUCUCCCGCUUCCCAUUCUCUCUCUCUCGUCUCUCCUCUCUUUUUCCCCCUCCCCUCUCCCCUGCUUUUUCUCUUCGCUCUCUCUCUCUCUCUUCCCUCUCUCGUUCUCGCUCUCCUCUCUCUCGCUCGGGUCUUUUCUCUUCUCUUCUCCCCUCUCUCUCUCUCUCGCUCUUUCUCUCUCUUUUCUCUUCUCUCUCUUCUCCUCUCUUUUUCUGGGGCUGUUGGUCGGGGCCCGGCCCUCCUGGUAGCAAAGACGAAGGGAGGUGGAGUGGAGGGGGCUUCCGGGGUCGAAUGGCUUUUUCCCCCCGCCGGGGGUUUUGCCCGGGGAAGGGGAAUCGGGAGAGGGAAAACCUUUUUUUGUAAAUCUCUAAACCUGGGGAGGGUAAGACGCGCCCCGGGAAAAAACAGGGGGGGGGGAUUUACACUUCUUUGAAUUAAAUAAAGGGGGGAGGAAGGAAGGGAACCCCAAAAAAAUGGGGGGGGUUUUUACCAAAAUUUUUUAAUCCUAAAUACAUGGGGUGAUUUUUAGCACAUUUUCUUAUCGCUAAAUACAUGGGGAUGAGGUUUUAGCCAUCUCUCUUCUGUAAUCGCUAAAUACAUGGGAUUAGUAUUUAGCACAUCCUUCUCUUAAUCGCUAAUCAUGGGCGGUUUUGCACAUUUCUUUAUGGCUAAUCAUGGGCGGUUUGCACUUGCUUUCUGUAAUCGUCUACUAAUGGGGACCGAGGUAUUUAGCACAUUGUUCGUAAUCGGCUAUACAUGGGAUGGGUUUGCACAUUGUUCUUAAUCGGCUAAUACAUGGGACGAGGUUUUUAGCACAUGUUCUGUAUCGCUAAAAUGGGCAGGUAUUUGCACAUUGUUCUGUAUCGGCUCAAUAAUGGGCAUGAGGUAUUAGCACAUUGUUCUGUAAUCGCAAAUCAUGGGGGGGUAUUUAGCAAUUGUUCUGAAGGCUAACAGGGGAUGAGGUAUUUAGCACUUGUUCUAAUUGGCUAAAUAUGGGGGUAGUAUUUAGCACAUUGUUGUAAGGAAAAUGGGGAUGAAAUUUAGCACAUUCUUUUAAUCCUAAAUACUGGGAUGAGGUAUUACAUUCUUUUAAUCGGCUAAAUACAUGGGACGUAUUUAGUCACAUUGUUCCUUAAUCGGCUAAUACAGGGACGUGUAUUUAGCAUUUUUUCGUAUGGGUUAAAUGUGGACGAUUUAACUGUUCUGAAUCGGCUAAAUACAUGGAUGUAUUUAGCCAUUGUUCUGAAUCGAAACAUGGGGACGAGGUAUUUAGCACAUUGUUCUGUAAUCGCUAAAUAAUGGGAGUUUUGCACAUUGUUCUGUAAUUCGGCUAUUUAACAUGUCUUAAUCGCUAAUGGGAUGAGGUAUUUAGCACAUUGUUCUGUAAUCGGCUAAAUACAUGGGGAAGAGGUAUUUAGCACAUUGUUCUGUAAUCGGCUAAAUACAUGGGGAUGAGGUAUUUAGCACAUUGUUCUGUAAUCGGCUAAAUGGGAUAUGACGGGUAUUUUAGCCACAUUGUUCUGUAAUCAGCUAAAUAAAUGUUUUUCCUCACUGUCUCCUGCACACAGACAAGCUAAUUGGUUGCUGUGUCUAAUUAGGUUAUUUAUUAACAUUUGUAACUAAUUGGUUAUUUCCUCUCAGAUCAAUGGCACGGUGUGACAGAGGAACCAUGUCGAUUGAUAGACGUAAGAUAAAGCUGAUUGCGAUGGUUCAAAGGGCCAAGCAUGAAGAUUGGUGGUGCAGAAGAGACGAGAGAGCUACAGCUGCUGCACAAUAACAAGACCAUGGACUACAGCAUCCCAUCAGCCAACGCCUCCGACAGAGACGGUGAGGGACACUACAUAGGUGUGUGCGAGCCGCGCGCGUGUGUGUGUGUGUGUGUGUGCGUGUUGUUUCGUAAUGCUGGAAAAGGCUAAAUACUGUAGGGUCGUGGGUGUACAUGCAUUGUGCUGAAAGGGAAAGCCCCGUCAAAGUUGAAAUACACAACAACGUACUUUCAUAUUCCGGGACCACCCAUAUGUACAAUUUAUGCACGCAUGACUGUAAUUUGCUUUGGUCAAAAGCAUCUGCUAAGUGGCAUAUAUUAUACUGAACAAAAAUUAUCAACGUAAAGUGUUGGUCCCAUGUUUUAUGAGCUAAAAUAAAAUAUCCCAAAAAUGUUCCAUACGCACAAAAAGCUUAUUUCUCUCAAAUGUUGUACACAAAUUUGUUUACAUCCCUGUUAGUGAGCAUUUCUCCUUUGCCAAGAUAAUCCAUCCACCUGACAGGUAUGGUAUAUCAAGAAGCUGAUUAAACAGCGUGGUCAUUACACAGGUGCACCUUGUGCUGGGGACAAUAAAAGGUCACUCUAAAAUGUGCAGUUUUGUCACACAACAAGUUUUGAGGGAGCGUGCAAUUGGCAUGCUGACUGCAGGAAUGUCCACCAGAGCUGUUGCCAGAUCAUUUAAUGUUCAUUUCUCUACCAUAAGCCGCCUCCAAUGUUGUUUUAGAGAAUUUGCCAAUACGUCCAACCAGCCUCACAACCGCACACCACGUGUAACCACGCCAAUCCAGGACCUCCACAUCUGGCUUCUUCACCUGCAGGAACGUCUGAGACCAGCCACCCGGACAGCUGAUGAAACUGUGGGUUUGCACAACCGAAGAAUUUCUGCACAAACUGUCAGAAACCGUCUCAGGGAAGCUCAUCUGCGUACUCGUCGUCCUCACCAGGGUCUUGACCUGACUGCAUUUCGGUGUCGUAACCAACGUCAGUGGGCAAAUGCUCACCUUUUGAUGGCCACUGGCACACUGGAGAAGUGUGCACUUCAUGGAUGAAUCCCGGUUUCAACUGUACCGGGCAGAUGGCAGACAGUGUGGGUGAGUGGUUUGCUGAAGUCAAUGUUGUGAACAGAGUGCCCCAUGGUGGCAGUGGGGUUAUGGUAUGGGCAGGCAUAAGCUACGGACAACGAACACAAUUGCAUUUUAUCGAUGGCAGUUUGAAUGCGUACGACAGCGUGUUCCAGUUCCCGCCAAUAUCCAGCAACUUUGCACAGCCAUUGAAGAGGAGUGGGACAACAUUCCACAGGCCACAAUCAACAGCCUGAUCAACUCUAUGAGAAGGAGAUGUGUCGCGCUGCAUGAGGCAAAUGGUCACACCAGUUACUAACUGGUUUUCAGAUCCACGCCCCUGCCUUUUGUUUUAAGCUAUCUAAUAAUAAAAAUAAUAAUAUGCCAUUUAGCAGACGCUUUUAUCCAAAGCGACUUACAGUCAUGCGUGCAUACAUUUUUUUUGUGUAUGGGUGGUCCCGGGGAUCGAACCCACUACCUUGGCGUUACAAGCGCCGUGCUCUACCAGCUGAGCUACAGAGGACCAUAUAAUGCAUAUCUGUAUUCCCAGUCAUGUGAAAUCCAUAGAUUAGGGCCUAAAUAAUUUAUUUCAAUUGACUGAUUUCGUUAUAUAAACUGUAACUCGGUAAAAUCUUAGAAAUUGUUGCAUGUUGCGUUUCAUAUUUUUGUUCAGUUAGAUAAUAAUAAUAAUAAUAAUAAUAAUAAUAAUAAUAAUAAAUGCCAUUUAGCAGACACUUUUAUCCAAAGUGACUUACAGUCAUGUGUGCAUACAUUUUUACGUAUGGGUGGUCCCGGGGAUCGAACCCACUACCCUUGGCGUUACAAGCGCCGUGCUCUACCAAUUGAGCUACAAGUUGAGUAUGGUGUUUUGUGUGUUUGAACAACAGACAUUUCAGAUAUCCAUUCGGUGGCGUCCGACCAUUCCAACCGAUCCCAUGACAGACAUCGUAGCAGCCGGUCCCGCUCCCCUGACAAGCGCUCUGAACCCUCCGACCACUCCAGACACUCCCCUCCACAGAUCAGCAAUGGCAGGUAAACACCACAACACCUGGCUGCUGCACAGUCGAAGUCAAAGGCUCACAGGCAGCCUAAUUCUGAUAUUUUUCCACUAAUUGGUCUUAUGACCAAUCAGAUCAGAUCUUUUGCUAAUAAUUUAGGAAAAUAUCAACAUUGGCUGCCUGUGCAAAGGCAGCCUUUGAGCUUUUUUGAAAUUCUAACCCAGUGGACAAAACUAGUUGAAAUGACUUCAUUACGACACGAAACUGGCCUCAUUACGACGGCAUUUCAAACCGUUUUGACCGCUGGAAAUGUAGAUGUUUUUAGGUGUUUGUUAAGUGUCUUUUGUUUUCCUGUUUUUGUUUUUUUUGCCCCACUUAACGAAGACACUUCAGUUGGAGAAUACCGUAAGUUGGACAGCCCUUUCCCCAGGAGCUCACUGUUACAGAGCUCACUGUUAUAGAGCUCACUGUUACAGAGCUCACUGUUACAGAGCUCACUGUUACAGAGCUCACUGUUACAGAGCUCACUGUUACAGAGCUCACUGUUACAGAGCUCACUGUUACAGAGCUCACUGUUACAGAGCUCACUGUUACAGAGCUCACUGUUAUAGAGCUCACUGUUAUAGAGCUCACUGUUACAGAGCUCACUGUUACAGAGCUCACUGUUAUAGAGCUCACUGUUACAGAGCUCACUGUUACAGAGCUCACUGUUACAGAGCUCACUGUUACAGAGCUCACUGUUACAGAGCUCACUGUUAUAGAGCUCACUGUUACAGAGCUCACUGUUACAGAGCUCACUGUUAUAGAGCUCACUGUUAUAGAGCUCACUGUUACAGAGCUCACUGUUACAGAGCUCACUGUUACAGAGCUCACAGGGAAGUCUAUA